AUGCCUUCUUCAAGCUUUCUCGAUCAUCCGGUCCUGAAAGUGAGCCGUCCCGUUGCAGCUUGCUUAAGAUGUCGCACUGCCAAGAUCAAGUGUGAUGGGAAGCUGCCAUCCUGUUCGGCAUGUGAAAAAGCUGGCAAGGCCAACACUUGCUCUGGCGCUACAGAUGAGUUUGCCAAGGGAAAGGAAAGAAGCUACGUCGCAUCUUUGGAAGGCUAUUGCGAGAAACUAGAGAAACGCCUUGCCGAAAUGCGCCGUCUCAAGGAAGCGCAAGGAUCGAAUAUUAGCAGUGGACAAGAGGUGCCACAAAGUUCUAUUACGGCUUUUGCAGCCGAAAAUAGUAGCUCAAGGGCUCAUCGCAAGGAAGUUAGAGAUAUAGACGACUUAGUCGGAGACUUUGGCUUCCUAUCCGUCAAUGCCACAUCACGAGAUUUUCAUGGCAUCACGUCGAAUGUGUCUUUUGCACAGUUACUAUGGACGUUAUCCACCGUGAAACUGCUUCCUCAACUAUCCCCUCGAUCACUACCUUCUAGGCAAGAAGCGACAAGUCUUAUUCAAUACUAUUUUGACAAUAUCUUGAUACAGCUACCACUCUUUACUGAGACUACUUUCUGGACCUCUGUGGAGGCCGUUUAUCAAAAUGGUGGCCGGUUCGCGAAGCCGAUUGAUCAAUGGAUGGUAUAUAUGGUCCUUGCAAUCGCAUCUGCUUCACUAUGGCAUCAACAGCCGAGCGUCAAUCGGCAGUUUGCUUUAUCAAUGGUAUCCGCAGCAAUGCCGCUCGCAGGAGAAGUCUUACAGCCUGGUUCAAGCCUCGGCGUCAAAGCUAUCCUUCUUCUUGCACAAUAUUCACUUUUCGAUCCCGAACACUUCAGUCCUCGUUUUUUAGUCUUUUUUGCGGCUCGCGUCAUGAUAGAUCUGGGGCUCCAUCAGGAUCCACCAAGAGAAGUAGUUUUUGAUAGAGAACGUUUGGAACAGCGACGACGACUCUUUUACGCGCUUUAUACCAUGGAUCGGAUCGUGUGUACGUCUCUAGGGCAUACCUUUUCAUUUUCUGAUCAUUCUGUGGAUGUUGAUCUUCCAGCCGUUCGUGCGCUUCCGGGGAAUUCCCCUGAUGAAAAUGUGUUCAUGAAGAGAUUGGACUGUGCUAUACACAUGAUCAAAAUCCGCCGGAUUUUAUCGAAGGGCUACCAACAGAUGUACUUCGAUGGACGGGAUCCUGUUCCUCAUGCGCUAGCUCGAACAUGGAAACUUUGCGCAGAAGCUCGAGAGUGGUAUGCCAAUGCACCGACGACUACAACCACUUCAUUCGGUCUCUUGUACCGACUUGAACUACUAUACUGUACAAUUGUUUUCCUAUCGCCCUCAUUCGGUGACCCGGAUAUUUGUGACUUUAGCCGAGUCGUGCUCUUUGAUCGAUGUAUUGACUAUAUCAGUCAGCUACAUCAAGUUUUGGAACAGCCGGGCAGCCUUCCCUUUAUGACAUUUGUGGAGAUUCGGCGGGCUUAUCAGAUUGGAGAUCGAUUGGUUAAUCUCUUGGAUGAGAGCUAUGAUUUGCUUUUGAGUAAUGAGCUACCUAAGCCACCAGCUGUACCUUCUGGAACCCCUGAUCCUCCUUAUCUUGCUGUCGAGGACAGGAUCAACUGUCGACCACGCGCCGCAAGGUGUCUGGAGUAUAUAAUCGACAUUCUACACUACGGUUGUACUAGGUGGAAUAUGCGAGGUGAACUGGACAGUUUCGCGCGGGACUCAACGAUAGUCAAGCAGCGACUGUCUCCAGACGCUGGAUCAUCUUCUCAACCGAGCUCUCAGAUGCCAUUAUAUACAUAUGUUUCACAGGGUGUGAUAUCUACCGACGCCGAAUCUGUGUUGCAACCAUAUCCAAACCCCGGCUCUACCUACCAUUAA